AUGGCUGGGCCCACCACCCACGUUGCCCCCAUGCUGUUCCUUGCCCUCCUGGCGUUUCUGGAGCUGAGCCUGGCCGGCUCCCUGGGCCCCGGAACCCCUGCUCGAAACCUCCCUGAGAAUCACAUCAACCUCCCAGGCCCAGCACUGUGGACGCCUCAGGCCAGCCACCACCACCGGCGGGGCCUGAGCAAGAAGGAGCGGGGGCCAGGCAUGCCUGGCCGGGCCCAGGAUGGAGCUGUGGGCACCUCCACCAGGCAGGCCUCCAGGCUGCCAGGGGCAGGGGGGCUGCUGCCUGGGCAGAGUCCUGCAGGCCUGCUGCAGGACAAGAGUCUGCUCCUGGGGCUGGCCCUGCCCUACCCUGAGAAGGAGAACCGGUCUCCAGGGAAGAGACGCGGCAGGGAGCACAAGAGACGCAGGGAGAGGCUGAAACUGCACAGAGGCCGAGCCUUGGUCCGAGGUCCCAGCUCCCUCAUGAAGAAGGUGGAGCUGCCCGAAGACCAGGCGCUGGACGCUGCCAUGGAGGAGUCGUCCACCAGCCUGGCCCCGACCAUCCUCUACCUCACCACCUUUGAGGCAGCACCUGCCACGGAAGAGUCCCUGAUCCUGCCUGUCACAUCCCUGUGGCCCCAGGCUCAGCCCAGGCCUGACGGGGAGGUGAUGCCCACGCUGGACAUGGCCUUGUUCGACUGGACCGAUUAUGAAGACUUAAAACCUGAGGCCUGGCCCUCUGCCAAAAAGAAAGAGAAGACCCGGGGUAAACUCUCCAGUGAUGGCAAUGAGACAUCCCCAGCCGAAGGGGAGCCGUGCGACCAUCACCACGACUGCCUGCCAG